GCGGCCCCUCGGUGGGGGGGGGUCUCCCCGCGGGUUCCCCCCUUCACAAGCGGGGGUGAGUUGGAAGGAGUCAGGCUUGUGGUCGCCGGGUGUUUCGCGCAGUUGGCGUUGCUUAAGGAGAUUAUCUGGAUAAUGGCAAUAAUAAAAUGGCAAUCCAGCAAGCGGAUAAACUGCUCAAAAAGCACAAGGACCUUCACUGUGCCAAGGUUCUGAAGGCCAUUGGCUUGCAGAGGACUGGCAAGCAGGAUGAAGCCUAUGCUCUGGCACAAGAAGUAGCAGCACUUGAACCCACAGAUGAUAAUUCCUUGCAGGCACUAACCAUCCUGUACCGGGAAAUGCACCGACCUGAACUGGUGACUAAACUGUACGAGGCAGCUGUAAAGAAGGUUCCCAACAGUGAAGAGUAUCACUCUCACCUCUUCAUGGCCUAUGCCAGGGUUGGGGAGUACAAGAAGAUGCAACAGGCUGGAAUGGCACUUUAUAAGAUUGUACCCAAAAAUCCGUAUUAUUUCUGGUCUGUGAUGAGCCUGAUCAUGCAGUCCAUCUCAGCACAGGAUGAAAACCUCUCCAAGACCAUGUUUUUGCCACUGGCUGAGAGAAUGGUGGAAAAAAUGGUGAAGGAGGAUAAGAUUGAAGCUGAGGCUGAAGUUGAGCUGUACUACAUGAUUCUGGAACGUUUGGAGAAGUACAAGGAAGCCUUAGACGUUGUGAGAGGAAAGCUGGGAGAGAAGCUGACCAGUGAGCUCCAGAGCCGGGAGAACAAGUGCAUGGCCAUGUACAAGAAGCUGCGGCGGUGGCCCGAGUGCAACGCGCUGUCCAGGCGGCUGCUGCUCAAAAACUCAGAUGAUUGGCAGUUUUAUAUAACUUACUUUGAUUCAGUGUUUCAACUCAUUGAUGAGUCCUGGACACCUCCAGCAGAAGAAGAGCACUCUCUGGAAGGAGAGGUGCACUGUUCUGUGGAACAAGCUGUGGAGUUUAUAGAGGAGAGGAUCACGGAGGAGUCCAAGAGCUCUCGGCCGCUCCGGGGACCAUAUUUAGCCAAACUGGAGCUGAUCAGGCGUCUGAGACACAGAGGCUGCAAUGAUGAAUAUAAACUAGGUGAUCCAGAAGAGCUAAUGUUCCAAUACUUCAAAAAAUUUGGGGACAAACCCUGCUGUUUUACUGAUCUCAAAGUGUUUGUGGAUCUCCUCUCACCCAGCCAAUACUCAAAGUUCAUCCAGCAGCUGCUGGAGGUGAUCCCCCUGUCAGCAGCGGCCGAGAACGAGGUGGCCCUUCCAGGGGACAUCAAGGCCCUGCAGCAGCACCUGUGUGUGGUGCAGCUCUCCAGGCUUCUGGGCAUCUACCACGCCAUGGACAAGAAGGAGAAGCUGACGGUGGUGCGGGAGCUGAUGUUCAGAUACCGCCACGGGUUGGAGUUCGGGAAAUCUUGUUUGAAAACUGAAUUGCAGUUUUCAGAUUACUACUGCCUGCUUGCAGUUCACCUGCUGCUUGAUCUGUGGCUGGAAGGUGAAGAGGCAGCUGUGUGGCAGUGCCUGACUCUGCUGGAGGAGGGGUUGGCUCACAGUCCUUCCAAUGCUCAGUUUAAGUUGCUGCUCAUCCGGAUCUACUGCCGGCUCGGGGCGUUCGAACCCGUGGCUGAGCUCUACUCCAGCCUCGAUGCCAAGCACAUCCAGCACGACACCAUCGGGUAUCUCCUGACACGCUACGCCGAGUCCCUGGGCCAUUAUGCUGCUGCAUCCCAAUCCUGCAAUUUUGCACUCAGGUUUUUCCACUCCAACCAGAAAGAUACCUCAGAAUACAUCAUCCAAGCCUACAAGUACGGGGCGUUUGAGAAGAUCCCGGAAUUCAUUGCCUUCAGGAACAGGCUGAACUCUUCCCUUCACUUCGCCCAAGUUCGCACAGAGCGGAUGUUGUUGGACCUCUUACUUGAAGCAAAUAUAUCAACCAGUUUAGAAGAAAGUAUAAAGUCCAUGAGUCUGAGCCCAGAGGAGGAUGACAUUCCAUGGAAAGAUUUGCGUGACAACAGGGACCUGACAGUCUUGUUUAGCUGGGAUCCAAAAGACAGGGACAUUUCUGAAGAACAUAGGAAGCUCUCACUGGAGGAAGAAACCCUGUGGUUGCGGAUCCGGUCCUUGACUUUGAGGCUGGUGAGCGGCCUCCCGACUCUGAGCCACACCAUCCAACCAAAGAACUCGGAAAAGACUGCAGAGAACGGCGUCUCCUCCAGGAUUGACACCAUCAGAUCCCUGCUCCAGCAGCUGGAAGCGGCGGUGGAUUCAGGGAAGAAGUUUCUAGAACAAAAAAUUCAGUAUCCUGUCCUUGGCCCUCCUCCCACCCGAAUGGCUGGCUUCUUCAGCAAUGGCAGCUGUCAGUGCCAGACUAGCUUGUUUUAUCUUGUUAGUGAUAUUUAUGAACUAGAUACCAAUGGCUUAGAAGAUUCAGCAGAAAUCCAGGAAAGAAUAGGGAAUAGUUUCAAGUCUUUAGUAGAACGACUGACAGAUUUGUUCAAUAAAUGUAAAGGUGAUUUGAUUGAAGUCAGAGAUGGCACCUUGAAAACUCAUCCAAACCUGUUAGAAAACUUAGUCUUCUUUGUUGAGACGAUCUCCAUUGCCCUGUGGGUAUCAAGUUACUGUGACAGUGUCCUCCGACCUUUUAAAUCCAACCUGCAAAAAAAGAAGAAGAAAAAAAAAGAAAGCAGUGUAGCUAUGCCACCUGUAUUUACCCACUUCCUGGAUUAUGUAACUGAACUACAGACAUUAACUUCCAAUGUAAUAGAUCAUAUCAAAGGGCUUGAAAUAAUUCUGACUGCACUAAAACUUGAAGAGCUGUCCCUCAAGGACACUCUGCUUUUACAGGAAGAAAAAAAGUUUACAAAGACUGUACAAGGGAAGGUCCAGAGCAGUUACCAUCACUCAGUUCAGGAAAUUGGGGAGCUGCUGAAAAAGAGACUCGAUACCAUUAAAAAACUAAAGAUUUGA